UUUUAAAUUCAUACGAUCUACAUCCAAAUUCAUACAAACCGCGCAAUUUUAAAUUAUAAUAGGAAAAAUGUUGCCCGAAAUAGAAGAUAAAAUAAAAAGAUUCUGUAACGUGCUUUCCCAAGAAUCUAGAGAACUUUACUUGACUAACAACGUAUCCGAAGUUGAAAGUUCAAUUUCUCCGCUCGUUUUCCAUCGACAAUAUGUAUCCAAAAAUUUACCACUGCUUAUAAGAGGCGGAGUAAGCCAUUGGCCAGCGAUUGAUAAAUGGAAUAUACCAUACUUCCGCAAGACACUUGGCAAUAAAAUGGUAUCGGUUGCUGUAACGCCAAACGGAUAUGCCGAUGCAAUUGCAGUAAAAGAGUCAGAAGAUCAAACUGGAAAAAAAGAGUAUUUUGUUAUGCCGGAGGAGCGGCUUGUCCCAAUGUCCACGUUUUUGGAUGCGUUGGAAAGUCCCACUGAGGGAAAUGUUUAUUAUAUCCAAAAACAAAACUCUAACUUCAAGGAAGACUUCUCUGAAUUGUGGUCCGAUGCUGGAACUGACAUUUCAUGGGCUACUGAGACUUUUGGAAAAAAUCCAGAUGCCGUGAAUUUUUGGAUGGGGGAUCAGAGAGCUGUUACAUCAAUGCACAAAGAUCCAUACGAAAAUAUUUACUGCGUCAUAGCAGGGGAAAAGGAUUUUGUGCUACAUCCACCCACAGAUUUACCAUGGAUUCCUUACAAGAAUUAUCCACCUGCGAAUUACCGGGAAAUAAAACCAGGGGAAUGGCUGAUUGACCCGAUCAUUACGGAGUCAACAAGGGAUGAAUUCUCAGAAGAAAGAAAUGAUUUUCAGUCGGAUUUUAACACAAUACCUUGGAUAUCGAUUGAUCCCUUAAACCCAGAUUAUGAAAGAUACCCAGCUUAUAGGAAUGCAAAUACACUCCGAGUAAGAGUGUGUGAAGGUGAUGUCUUAUAUUUGCCUUCGCUAUGGUUUCACCAUGUCACACAGUCACAUGCAUGUAUUGCACUGAAUUACUGGUACGAUAUGGAGUAUGACAUAAAGUACGCUUACUACAAAGCUUUGGAGGUCUUGUGUAAAUAGACGAGUGGAGUUAAGGAAUUAAAUCACAUCGUUUGCGUAGUAUACUGUUUC